AUGGCGAAAAGUGAUGGUGAGGAGAAUGCGGAAACGACACAAACGCCUCCCGCAGCUCCUCCAGCUCCCGCAGCUCCUCCAUCAACCCCACAACAGACACCCGUUAAUGGGGGAACCUCGAGAGCGAGUAGUGAAGAAUCGACGGGACCUCGGCCAAGUCUCACGAAACGUUUGAGUUGUAUUGAGGUGUCCGGAGCUCCCCCACCGCUCACAAUCAAGAAAGUCACCUCGUUUGCCAUCGAUCAUGAAGCCGCACAAGCUCAGAAACGUCCCUCGUGGUGGCGCCGGAUGUCGAAUGUGGGCGCGGUGCCUCCCCCUCCCGAAAUUGUCGUCUCCGGAGAAGCAUUCAAUAUGAGCAACGGAAUGGAGAAAAAUCGGAACAUCUCGACCGCGUCGAUCAAUGAUCGUGAGUUCGUUGCUGAAGUG